AGAGUUUUUGAAAGUGACAGUCGCAAUGGCUUUAUCAGAAUUUAACACAAAUUCUGUAAUGCGAUCCCCUCAUCAAUGGCGUUAUCUAGGGGCCGUGUCGCUUUAUCUCGGGGGACACAAAGCGGAAUGUUUUAAGGGCCCUAAGGUGUGCAGUGUACAGACAAUUGGUUUGGCCAUGUGGUGGAGAGUAACAAUUUACAUCAUUAUUCUGGGUAAUGUUAACGGAGAUGAAACGGUUUCCGGCAUGCCAGGAGAAACCCACACGACAUCUAACCUAGCGUCGUCAGUGUAUCUAACAUCGUCUACAAUGACCGCUCCUACCCAGGAGAUAGAGCCCUCCUCCGCCACUAACACCGGACCUACUUCAAUAGCAAAUGACCUUUCUACUGUAGCCUUGGCCCUAAAAAAUAAGGUCGUCUCAAGACCAAGCGGUCAAGUUUUUGAAACUUCAGCCAAUGUAUCAUCCAGCGAACAUUUUGUGUUUUCAACAAAGAGCUAUGUGUCUGAAAACACAACGGAAACAUCAUCAGUCUCGUCGUCGUCCGAAUCGUCCGUGUUCGCGGGAUCAUCAUCGAACGUUGUCACGGUACACAGCACGACUUUACAGCCAUUUACAGCACCAUACAGCUCCAUUCACAGCGAUAGCAUCACCUCACAUCAACCCGAAAUUUCUGAUGGUACCAUUGUCCCUUCGUUAACAAUAUCUACAACGGAAAUGACUGAUUCGGCUAGUCAAUCAGAGACAUCGAGUUCUGUGUUGCUUAAUACAGGGAGAAUGAUCGUCAAUAUACAGUCAACUGCAACAGAUUCGGUCAUAAGUAGUUUUUCGUCGCUACCAACAGCCUCUGGAUCUCAGCCCUUAACCUCUUCAUAUCAACCAUUAACCUCUUCAUCUCAGCCAUUAACCUCUUCAACGCUACCACAAGUAUCUUCAUCACUAUCAUUAACCUCUUCAACGCUACCACAAGUAUCUUCAUCACUAUCAUUAACCUCUUCAACGCUACCACAAGUAUCUUCAUCACUAUCAUUAACCUCUUCACUGCAACAACGAACUUCUUUAUUGUUACCACAAACACCGCUAACCUCUUCGUCGCUACCACUAACCACUUCAUCGCUACCAUUUACCUCUUCGUCGCUACCACCGAACGUAACCUUAACGAAUGUUAUAAUCGCGACAGACACCACAAUGGUUACAUCGGAAGACUUUCACAGUUCAGCAGUAUCAUCAAGGUUCGUUGACUCAUCAAUGGCUCCAUCAUCUUCCUGGUCGUUAAAUACAUCCACUGCAGAAACUCUUACAAACAUGGACACCUCGUUGCUUUUAGAAACAUCAACACACACAGUAAUGAGCUCUUUUGUUGAUAAUUCCGUAAGUCUUCAAAACGCAAGCGAUUCAAUAUCAAGUUCUUUACCAAAGAACACCACCCCCCAUUCUCCAUUUCAAACAAGCAGCUCUCUAGAGGAGAGUGUUACAACACAGCUUUCCAAUGUCGCAACUUCCACACCCCCUUCUGUUUCCCCCGGACUGGAAUCGCCUGGGACCUCACUUUCCUCUACGGACCACGCCUCUCAACAUUCCAUCAUUUCAUCCGAUGUCCUGGGGUCUUCUACAGGGCCCAGUGAAGCGUCUUCUAUCGCCCCAACACACGCAACCGGCCAUGUGGUCAACAGUGUCUUUCCGUCCAUGACCCAGCCGGUCAGUAGACCACCUUCUGUUUUUACCACUAUUUCCGAGUCGGUAACCAGUGGUAAAUCACAACAUUCCGUGGAGUCUAGCGCUAGUUCAACGACAACAGAGUUUACAGCCGUGACCUCUAGUUCUAGUGAUUUCCCCACCAACGUCACUGUCCGGCCAACAGCCACAACGAGCCUACCGCAUCCCGAGGAUAUGCAGUUUGUGAACCAAACAUUUGAGAUGGUAUUUCAGGGAAACUGUGAACCACUCCUGAAAGAUAAACUUCUCUUGAAGGCUUUCUGGAAUCAGUUACAAGAAAAGCUUGUCCACAAAUCUUAUUUGGUGAAAGCUGAUAACAUUGCCUGUGAACCUUUACGAAUAACUUUUACAUAUGUCUUCAUUCCACAAAGUUAUUUCAAACAACUGUGCACUUCCCUGAAAGAAAUAGUAAGUGAUAUUCACAUUAAUGUUACAAUAUCCGGACAGUUGGAAUAUUACCGAGCAUUGAAGUUAAACACGGAGUCCACGAUUACGUCAGACAAAACUCCGCCGCCCGGGGCAGCGGGGCUCGAGGAGAUUGACCUCAUCGUCCUCAUCGCCGCAGGCUCCUUCUGCCUCGUUUUAAUACUCGUGGGCCUGGUGAUCUGCAUUCGCGAAUAUUACCACCGCAAAAGAACACGCACAUUUGAAUUCGCUAACAUGUAUCAGGCCGAAGAUUUCACACUAACGAAAAUUCCGCGCCCUGCUGUAACUUACACGGAGAAAGGCGCAGACAUCAACACCAAUGGGCACAGUAAUGGCGAUGCACAUGAAACAGAGAAAGAGACUCUAAUGGAGAGUAUACAGCUCCGUGUCAAUUCUAACGAGAACGGACUGAUGGUGGGCAUCACGGGGACACUGGAGAGACAGUCCACCGUGUCCCACCCAUCGCCUUCACCCUCACCCCCGGGGAGCGAGCACGUGCAGCUUGUUCCUAAGGAGGAGGAGCCACUACAGAGCCAGGACAACCCCAUCUACUAUAUUGAUGAUGAUCACAGUGAGUAAAUUUCACUAUCAAAUAGAGAAGGAGGCCAUUUUAGAUUUUAUGCACAAUAUUUUUUUCCAGGUCCGAGUGUUUCGAAAGAUUUCAAAUUAAAUAACUAGCAUUAAUAUAUGAAGAACCUUUCGUAGAUUGGAACCGUGAGUGGUUCCAACAUACAAGGUGUUCCUUUGAACAACCAUGAUGUUUGCAAAAAACAGAGGUGCAUACCCUGUGUUAAAAGUUAUCACAUCUGUGAUCACGCUAAGUACUGUAUUUCAGUGGAAAGACAAUUAUAUCUUGACUUCAGUCCACUGAGGGAUUGAAGGAAUUUUGCUGUUUAGAAAUUGUGAAGGAUUUCUCAUAUACCGAUACUCAAAACGAUUUACUGCUAGCAUUACUUGUAAUCAUCUGUUGACAAAAAAAUCUGUAUACAUGGAUUGAAGUUGUACAUUCGUUUUCAUAUAAAUGUAUGAAUAUACUUUAAAGUAUCAAAUACUCAUAUAGCAAUAUUUUACCAAAAUUGUGUUAUUACUACUAAACAACCGAAAAUUCAGUCAAGUAUGGUUCAAAUUCCACACUAAAUUGUGUUUUGUUUGUAGCUGUGUCCCCAUACUUCCACUUGAUUUAAAUAUGUGCGUUAUAUGUACUAUUGUGUCAUUUUAAUUUCUAUUUCUUCUGCAUUUUAUUUAAAAUAUUGUAAAAAAAAAAUGCAUUCAUGUUCUCCUAUACAACAUUUCAAUGCAAUCUAUGUGCAAGUGUAUUAAAGACAUACCCAGUUUGUAUUUUAUGAACAUCAUUUUUAAAAUAAAAAAAGAUAUACUGUCAUAAUCAUGUUUAC